AUGUCAAUCGUAAGUAUAAUAACCAUACCAGAAUUAAAUGGUGUUUACCAAGGAUUCGAUGUCAAUCAUGAUGGCACAGUGACAAAGCAGGAGUUUGUGAAUUUCUGGCAGUUACUUACACACCAGACCAAAGAGCAUUCAGAAGCAUAUUUUUACCUGGCAGAUCUCAAUGACGAUGGCAUUAUAAACUCUAAAGAUUUAGCACCACUGCAUCAUGUUUUUGAUCUUGAUGGGAAUGGUAAUGUGACUGCCAAAGAAUUUGGUGAAAAAUGGAUGGGUAUAAUAAGAGAAACGCCAUUUACGGUGUUAUUUGUGAGAUCUGACGUGGAUAAAAACAAUGUCCUCAAUAAGACAGAAUACAAUAACUUCUUCAUAUCAUUCGAUACAAAUCAUGAUAGUAAAGUGAGCAAAUCUGAGAUCGAGACGGCUUGGACAGCAAAUGGUUUUGCCGAUACUGUAAAAGACUCUGACAUUUUAUUCGAUAAGCUAGAUAACAACCACGAUGGAUUUUUAACCAGUCAAGACAUGAGCCAUUGGUUUAACGUUUACGACACUAACCAUGACAGCCACCUUGAUAUUAUAGAAACAGUUAAGAUGUACCUACUUCUCCCACCAAUAAAUCUACAAUAAUAUAAAGAUAGCAAUUCAGGUUGACGUUGCUGCUAACCAGUUGAUUGUUUCACCAACAACAAAAUAAAAUUGCACACAAAUAAACAUAAAGUGUUCUU